UGUGAGGAGCUAAAGCACUGCCAAACAACAGAGGCCCCUGAGGGCGAGUGUUGCCCUGUGUGCUCGACUACACCACCACCAUCACCACCACCACUGCUGCAUCCUAGCAUGGACAAUAAAACUGACACCUGUACAGAAAAUGGAAAAGUCUAUGCUAACAACGACAUGUGGAACCCCGAGCCGUGUCGGAUCUGUGUCUGUGAUCUGGGGAUAGCUGUGUGUGAAGAAGUGGUCUGUGAGGACCUCGGCAACUGUGAGAAAACUGUGACUCCAGAGGGCGAGUGCUGCCCCGUGUGCCUGACUCCAGGCUCAACAACGAAGCCCCAAACUAAACCCAAAAUAGUGUCAGCAGCUGAUGAGACUCCAGGGGAAAGCUGCACGGUCGAAGAGCAGGUCUAUAAGCACAACGACAUCUGGAAACCAGAGCCAUGCCAAGUGUGCGUCUGCGAUGACGGUGUGGCCAUCUGUGAUGAGGUCCAGUGUGAGCUGAUUUCAAACUGCGAGAAGGUUGUGACACCUGAGGGAGAGUGCUGCCCCGUGUGUGACACCUUCGCCAGCGCAAGCAGAAUGAUCGAAAUUUUGGGCUUCAAGGGACAGAAAGGUGAACCAGGUGAUAUCCCAUAUGUUGUGGGACACCCUGGACAGAUGGGACCUGCUGGUCCUCCAGGAGCUCAGGGAUACACCGGAUCAAGAGGCUUUAAGGGCAGACGGGGAUUUCCAGGACCUCCAGGGUUUGAUGGUGAGCCUGGUAUUCCAGGAAACCCAGGACAACCCGGGCAGCCAGGCCAGGCUGCUCCCCCUGGGGGCAACAUCGGAGCUCAGAUGGCUUUGGGGUUCAGUAACGAGAAGUCUGUGAUGGCCUCCAUGGUGUCGGGAACGAGGGGUGAAGCAGGACCAAGAGGGCCUCCAGGAAACGCAGGACCAAGUGGUCCACCUGGUGGUCAGGGAAUUCCAGGAGAGGCUGGCGAUCCAGGACCGAUGGGGGAGCCAGGUCACCGGGGACCAGAUGGACCACCUGGAAAAGCUGGACUGGAUGGUGAGCCUGGACCUGCAGGUGCUACAGGAGAGCCAGGAUUUCCAGGAUCUGCGGGUGCACGAGGAUUUCCUGGACUUCCAGGUCAUCCAGGAAUGAAAGGUCACAAGGGACAUGCUGGACUUCCUGGGCCAAGAGGAGAGUCUGGAGCAGCUGGGUUGAAGGGUACUUCUGGCACUCCUGGUGGGAUGGGUGCUCCAGGUCCACUGGGACCAGCUGGCAUGCAAGGAGAGAGAGGCAGAAUCGGACCAACCGGCCCCUUGGGAAAACGUGGAGCAUCUGGUCAUGUUGGCAAACCAGGUCCUCUGGGUCCAAUGGGUAUCCUAGGAGUGCCAGGUUUCCCCGGUGCUCCAGGAAUGAAGGGUGAAGCAGGAGCUACGGGAGUCAGAGGAACUCCUGGACCUCAGGGACCCAGAGGAGAUGCAGGUCACGCUGGACCAGCUGGAAAAAUGGGACUGCAGGGUGCAGGAGGAACUGAUGGAGCUCCAGGGGCCCGGGGCCAAGCUGGUCUCGUAGGCGUCCAGGGUCCAGCAGGGUUGUUGGGCCCUGCUGGCGCUCCCGGCCCUCAGGGGACUACAGGAACACCUGGACCAAAGGGACAACUGGGAGAUGUUGGCGUUCCUGGAUUCAAAGGAGAACCUGGAGCCAAAGGAGAGAGAGGGGAUCAUGGUAUUCCUGGUCCACUUGGUCCAAUGGGAGAAGAUGGCAAGCGUGGACCCCGAGGUGAUGCUGGAGAUGUUGGACCUCAAGGACCUCCUGGAGAGACUGGAGCUCCAGGAAACCGAGGAUUCCCAGGUGCAGAUGGUUUACCAGGCCAGAAGGGAGCUCAAGGCGAAAGAGGAUUUCAAGGAGCACCUGGCGCCAAAGGUUUACCUGGAGAUCCUGGGCGCAAUGGAGAGCCAGGUUUGACAGGAGCUCGGGGUCUGACAGGACUCAUUGGUGCUCAGGGAGCUGAAGGAAAACAAGGACCAAUGGGCUCAGCUGGAGACGAUGGUAAACCAGGACCGGCUGGCUCAACUGGAAACAGAGGUGCAGUUGGACACAUGGGCCUGCCAGGACCAAAAGGAUUCACUGGAGAUGCUGGAAAGAUCGGAGAGGCUGGCAGUGCCGGACCUCCAGGCCAAAGGGGUGUGAAUGGAAAAGAUGGAGAAACUGGUCCUGCUGGUCCAACUGGUCCAGCUGGAACUGCUGGAAAAAGAGGCGAGCAGGGACCACAGGGAAUCAGCGGUUUCCAGGGUUUACCUGGACAGCCAGGUCCACCUGGAGAGUCAGGAAAACCAGGUGAUGAGGGUGUUGCUGGAGAGGCUGGCGCUGCUGGAGCAACUGGUCCAAGGGGAGAGCGAGGUCCUCCAGGAGAGAGAGGAGAAGUUGGACCCAAUGGACUGCAGGGACCCAAAGGUAGUCCAGGUGGACCAGGACCAGAUGGACCAAAGGGUAGCGCUGGUCCAGCCGGUGGUGUUGGAGAGCCAGGAGGUCCAGGACUUCAGGGAAUGCCAGGAGAGAGAGGAAUACCAGGACCGUCAGGACCGAAAGGAGACGCUGGUGCAGUUGGAGACAAAGGACUUGAGGGAAAAGCUGGAGCUGACGGUGCUCGGGGUCUUCCUGGAUCUGUUGGACCAGUUGGUCCUGGUGGACCCAAUGGAGAGAAGGGUGAAGCCGGCCCACCGGGACCUACAGGACGCCGAGGCACAAGAGGAACACCAGGAUCUACUGGUGAGCCUGGUCCAACUGGUGCUGCUGGCUUCCAAGGACCUGCUGGUGUUGAUGGUCAGCCUGGAGUCAAAGGUGAGACCGGUGAGCCAGGUCUGAAGGGAGAGGGAGGAUCACCUGGACCACAGGGGAUGGCUGGGAAACCAGGAGAGCAGGGACCUGUUGGUGUGACUGGGCUUAAAGGUGGCAGAGGAACACAGGGACAGUCGGGUGCUCCUGGUUUCCCUGGAUUACCUGGAGGAAUUGGACCAAUUGGUGCCCUUGGUGCUGUUGGAGCUGACGGGCCUAUUGGUGAGACAGGAAAGCCCGGUCCUCCUGGAAUUCUUGGAGAGCCGGGAGCUGUGGGUCGUCAGGGAGAGAGAGGAGCUCGAGGGCCACCUGGCACCCCUGGAGAGAAGGGAGACUCUGGAGAGGACGGUCCCCCGGGUCCUGACGGGCCUCCAGGACCUGCCGGCACCACUGGACAACGAGGUGUUGUUGGUACCCCUGGAUCCAGAGGAGAGAGAGGCAUGGUGGGACUGCCGGGUCCUGCUGGCCCACCAGGAAAGAAUGGAGGUCCUGGAACUCAGGGUGUGAAAGGACCACCUGGUGGAGUUGGUUUACCAGGAGCCACAGGACCAAGAGGAGAUCCAGGACCUGAGGGUAUUGCUGGAGCAGAGGGUUCUCCUGGAAAGGACGGUCUCGUAGGACAAAGGGGAGAGAAAGGUAAUUCUGGUCCAGAAGGUCUGCCAGGAGUUCAAGGAUCUCCUGGACCUGAGGGGCCUGUAGGACUGACGGGGGGUCCAGGGCAGAUGGGUGAAAAUGGUGGCAGAGGUCCAGCUGGACCCCCAGGACCAAACGGCAUUCGGGGAAAACCGGGCCCUCAAGGACCUCAGGGAGAGAAAGGAUCAGCUGGAGAUCAAGGAGAGCGAGGACAGAAAGGACACAGAGGGUUCACUGGACUCAGCGGUCUGCCAGGAACAACUGGCCAAACCGGAGAGCCAGGAUCUAAAGGUAUUGUUGGACCAGCUGGACCAAGGGGUCCUCCUGGAGUGGUGGGUCCACCUGGAAAGGAAGGAAACAUCGGUCAGCCUGGACCUCAGGGCGCUCCUGGAUCCAGAGGCUCUCUUGGCGAUCUAGGAGAACAGGGUCCACAAGGUGAGCCUGGACCACCUGGCCCUCCUGGCCCCCCUGGACCUCCCACCGCAGCAGUGGAAGACCUCUACGUCCCCUUGUAUGAUUACGAAGGAAAUGGCGGUGUCCCCGAGGCUGUGGAGUUCAUCGAGGAUGACGUGGGCGCCGAUCCUCCCCCUGUUCUUCCAGAGAUCAACAAAGAUGAAGCUCUGCCCAAUAAAAACCAGGCCAUGCUGCGAGCAGACACCGGGGUCCACGCCACUCUGAAGAGCCUCAGCGGACACCUGCAGAACAUGCGCAGUCCCGACGGCAGCAAGAUGAACCCGGCGAAGACGUGCCAGGACAUCAAGCAGUGCUACCCUCAGAAGACAAGCGGCGAGUACUGGAUUGAUCCAAAUCAAGGAAGCACAAAAGACGCCAUCAAAGUCUUCUGUAACAUGGCUACUGGAGAAACCUGCAUCUCUGCAAAUCCAGCCAACAUCCCCCGCAAAGCCUGGUGGACCAAAUCCACUCCUACUGCCAACGAACCCGUCUGGUUUGGAGCCGACAUCAGUGGAACUAAACUCCAGUAUGGUAACAGUGGCGAGCAGCCGAAUGCGGUUGCGGUCCAGAUAAAGCUGCUGCAUCUGUUGUCCAAAGAGUCACACCAGAACAUCACUUACCACUGCAGGAACAGCGUCGCCUACAAAUCAGAGAAGAGCAACAGCCUGAAGAAAGCUAUGGUCCUCAAAGGCUUCAACGGCCAGGAGCUGAGAGCUCAGGGCAACAACCGCCUCAGAUACACCGUCAUCGAGGACAGCUGCUCAUUAUCAAAUGGACAGUGGGAAAAGACAGUGUUCGAGUACAGGAGUCACACAGCAGCCAGGCUGCCCUUCGUGGAUUUGGCGCCAAUGGACAUCGGAAAAGCCGAUCAGGAGUUCGGCCUAGACAUCGGCCCGGUUUGCUUCUCAUAAAACACAAACCAAAACAUAAGAAGGACAGAAGUAGCUCUUUCUGGAGGAGUAACAUCAUUACGAAAUAAAACCACAAGGACUCCUCUUUGGGUGAGCGUACGCGUCAAUGAAGGUUAGUAGACUGGCUGCAUUCCCAAAAAUCUGCUAAAAUAGUACCAGAGAAGCAUGGGACUAGUAGAUAUUUAAUUUAUUCAAACACUUCAUGUCUUAAUCGACCACAGGGGAAUGCAUUUUGGUGGAAAAGAGACGCCUAAAGGUGCUAAGAGAGGUUUGGAUGGAUUGUAAACUGGAGAAGUGUGAUAGUGUUUAUAUUGUGAACUUUAGCAGAUUGCAUAAAAAACUAAGAAUAACGGUGAUUUAAAGCUUUACAUUUGUACUUUUUUCCAGUAAAUUCAUGUACAGAGGUGCAAAUACGGGGCGAGAGCUCCUUUAGCAAUUACUGUAGUUCUUAAUUUUAAUGAAUAAAAGAUAAAAAUCAUGCUUGAACCUAAAUUAUUAAGUUCUGUGCAAGGACUCAUUUACUCUUUCUACAGAAAACCUUUGUAUCUCCUUUUUACAACUACAACUGUA